AUGAUGUCCUCCCUAUCUCUAAAUAAAGAAAGUCUCAUAGGCGGUGUGACCAAUCCAAACGAAGUUUUCUGUUCUGUCCCUGGACGCCUAUCCCUACUCAGUUCCACAUCUAAGUACAAAGUGACAGUGGGAGAGGUCCAGAGACGGUUGUCUCCUCCUGAGUGUCUCAACGCAUCCCUGCUUGGAGGAGUUUUACGGAGGGCAAAAUCAAAAAAUGGUGGUCGUUGCCUUCGAGAAAGGUUGGAAAAAAUUGGUUUGAAUUUGCCUGCAGGGAGACGUAAAGCUGCCAAUGUUACUCUGUUAACAUCUCUAGUGGAAGGGGAGGCAGUGCAUCUUGCUCGAGACUUCGGCUAUGUCUGCGAGACAGAGUUCCCAGCUAAAGCUGCAGCAGAAUACCUGUGUCGGCAGCACUCGGACCCAACAGAGCUCCAUGCGAGAAAGAAUAUGCUGCUGGCUACCAAGCAAAUUUGCAAAGAGUUUGCUGACUUGUUGGCUCAAGACCGUUCCCCGUUAGGAAACAGUCGUCCAUCUCUUAUCUUGGAGCCUGGUGUACAGAGCUGCCUGACUCACUUCAGCCUAAUCACACAUGGCUUUGGAGGUCCAGCCAUAUGUGCAGCACUUACUGCUUUUCAGAACUACCUACUUGAGUCACUUAAAGGCAUGGACAAGAUCUUCAUGAACAGCACAGGGAAUGGACAUUCAACAGGGGAAUCUAAACCUUCGGAGAAAGACAUUAAACAUAGGAAAUAA